AUGAUAAUAUAAUCUCAAUCUGAAAAAGGGAAUCAUUAUGAAUCUUUGGAGAAUGCUGAAAGAAACUGCGGAAUUUAAAGAUAAUCUGAUGAAUUAGAUACUGACUCAUUUUUGAGAGCAUCAAAUAUAAAGUUAUAAACAGAGGAGUAGCCUAGAAAUAUUGAGAGUGACAAAAAGAAGAUGGGUCUUACUUACGAUGAAUCGCUGUUAGCAGCUGGUGGAUUCGGUCGCUUCUAAUGGUUCACAACUAUUUUUAUCACUAUACUUUUCAACUCAAGUGGGCAUCUAUUCUAUGGACUUGCAUAUCUUGAGUUAUACCCAGCUUACAUUUGUCCUUAAGAUAUUCCUAAUUGUGAUCAUACUGACAAGUGUAGAGACCCAUCAAUUCCAAUUGACUGGUCAAGUGAUAAAUCUCUUCAUAAUUGGGUUGAGAAAUUAGAUCUCACAUGUGCUGAACCAUAUAAAGUAGGUCUACUCGGAUCUAUGUAUUUUGCUGGGUGGACUAUAGCAUGUUUAGUGGUUCCUCGAAUCGGUUGGUACAUCUUAUGUUUACUUGCUAGAAAUGGUACCCUAAAGAUAUGCCAAUAUAAUAUCUGUGUCUGUCUUUAGUUUAGAUGGUUCUAUUCUCAUUUGGAUUUCACUUUACUUCAAAUUUUUGACUAAAGAAUGGCUUUACCUUCUAAUAUUUGGAAUUACAAUGACUGCAAUUUCAAAUGUUUCUAUGCUUUUAAUGCCUGA